AUGAUAUGUCUUACUUCUUCAGUGUUGAAUCAUCAGGUUGAAAAAAAACCUUCGAGACACAAAUUGAGUGAACCUUUAUUAAAAACGGAGUUUAGAAUUGUUCAACAAGAUGUUUUUACAAAAGUAGCAGAAGCAAGUGUAGUUGGAAUACAAUGCGAUGGGUGGUCUAAUAGAAGGAAUGAAUCUAUAAUUAACGUCAUUGUUACUACUCCGGAGCCUGUUUUUUAUGAGACCUACGACACAAAAGAUGAUUCUCAUACAGGAGAAUAUAUGACAGAUCUUAUUCUGCAAGUGGUAGAUAAAAUCGGCAAUUAA